CUUGGUACACGUUAUUAAUAGGAUGCCUCAAACCUUCCAAGUGUUGCGGUGUUACAAAUGCGAGGUGUUCCAAGUACACCCAACUAAGAAAGCUAACAAAUGGAAGUGUAAGCUAUGUAAUGAGAAACAAUCAAUUAAACGGUUUUAUGGUUUGGGCACUGGCAAAGAGUGCAGGUUACAUGUCCAGAAACUAAAUGGGAUCAGAGCUGACAUUGAUGCCACUAGCUGCGGAUCUGAUACCAGUGACACCAGUAAUAUAACAGAAAGUCCAGAACAAUCUGGACAGAAUGAACUUGCAUACUGUUGUUCAGUUGCCAAGAAAAGCAAAUGGCUAGAUUAUGUAGAUACUGAGGAAAAUAAGGAAAUUCCUGAUGAAACGAUGCUUCUAAAUAAUACUGAAAUUGUAUUGGAAUUACCAAAAAAGCGUCCAAGGAAAUCCUAUACAAGUACUAGAAUACUGAAUAAACCUAAAACUGAAUGUGUGUCAGAAGAUUUUUUACAGCCUUCAACAUUAUCAAAUGAUGAUAAAAAGUGUAAUGGUAUAACCUCCAUGGAUAAAGCCGAAUCACCUAUUUAUGCUUGCACGGCUGAUAUGGCCCAUGAUGUAUCAGAAGCUCCAAUAAUAAAUAACUCAAAAUGGGCAAAAUUUGUAGAGGGCACCCAAAAUUGUAAAGAUGAAUACACUAUGGAUCCAAUUACAUAUACCGAUAGCCUAUUUUCUCUCAACCCUAUGGAAGAUGUGGAACUUGAUUCAGUCCUGGAUCUGUAGUUCAAUCAGCUUUGUAUCUUGCAUCAGAUUGUGCCUUUAUUUACUAUAACAUCAAUAAAGAAACAAUGUCAUUUAUAAUAUUUUAUUACAAAAACCAAUACACAUUUCAUCACAAUGGCAACAGUAUAUUAUUAUCACUUAAAUAUCUCUACAAGAUAAAUAGCAUACUUCCUACCACACAUACUGACUGAUUC